AUGUUUGCUCCCUUUGGAAAAGAGAAAAUACUCUGCCAGCUCCUCCUCUUCUUCUUGGUCCUCCUCAUCCUGUUGGCCACCUCCAUUGCUUCUUCUUCUUCUUCUUCAUUCAGAGUUUCCAAUACUGCUCCUUCCCCUUCCAAUUAUGCUUUUCAACAAGAAGCAAUGGAGGCUCUCCUUGAAUGGAAGGCCAGUCUUUAUCGUCAUAAUAACCGUGACCAUAACAAUUCCCAACUACUACUACUCCCUUCAUGGACGGUGAUGGCAGCAAAUGGAAGCAACAGCAGCAACCCAUGGAAGUGGGAGGGAAUUACUUGCAAUGACGAGGCAGCAGCCGCUGGAGGAGUCAUCACCAUAAUAAACCUCUCGAGUAUGGAUUUGCAAGGUACGCUCCAUGACUUCAACUUCUCAUCCUUCCCUGACCUCCUCCGUCUUGAUCUCCAAAACAAUUCACUUUUUGGUACCCUCCCUCCCACCAUUGCCAACCUUUCCCAACUCAUCUACCUCAAUCUCUACAAAAACAAUUUCACCGGUUCAGUUCCUGUUUCCUUGGCCACUCUAAACAAACUGACAUUCCUACAUCUUGGAACAAAUCAACUUUCUGGUCCCAUUCCCCUAGAAAUUGGUAACCUUAGUAGCCUCACUGUGCUGGAUCUGUCAUUUAACUUCCUAAUCAAUGGUUCCAUCCCUACCACCAUUGGAGGCUUGAAGAAUCUUGUUGGGAUGUAUAUAUCCUCUAACCAAAUGGUUGGAUCGAUUCCCAUGGAGAUUGGAAACCUGACAAAAAUGAAUAGCUUGAUGGUGAGUGAUAAUCUUCUAACAGGUUCAAUACCUAUUUCUUUUGGAAAUUUGAGCAAGCUAAACUUCAUGUACUUCUAUUCAAAUUCACUCUCUAGUUCCAUUCCUCUGGAAAUCGGAAACCUGACCAAUCUCUAUGACCUACAACUGAUGAACAACUAUCUCACAGGUUCUAUCCCUCAAGAAAUUGGAAACUUGAGAUCUCUUACUCGACUUUAUUUGUCCAAAAAUAGUCUCAGUGGUUCAAUUCCUGCUUCUUUUGGAAACCUGACCAAUCUUCAGAGCCUACAAUCGUCUGAUAACCUCUUGACAGGUUCUAUCCCUGCUUCUUUUGGAAACCUGACCAAUCUUCAGAUGCUACAAUUGUCCGAUAACCUUUUGACAGGUUCUAUCCCUGCUUCUUUUGGAAAUUUGACCAAUCUAGUUCGUAUCAACCUUCUUCAAAACCAAUUGUCUGGUCAAGUACCUCAGGAAAUCAGCAAUUUAAGCAAAUUGCAAGACUUGCAGCUUGCAAAUAAUCAUUUUAACGGGUAUUUACCACAACAUAUAUGCAUUAAUAGUGCAUCACUUAUUUUUUUCUCUGGAAGUAAUAACCAUUUCAUAGGCCCGAUUCCAAAAAGCAUGAGAAACUGCACCAACCUAAUGAGAUUCCGGAUUGACAAGAACCACCUCACGGGAAACAUAUCAGAAGUCUUUGGUGUGUACCCGAAUUUAACUUUCAUCGAUCUGAGCUACAAUCAAUUGUAUGGUGAGAUUUCACGGAAUUGGGGAAAGUGUCUACAAUUGACAAACCUAAAAAUGACAGGAAACAAGAUUUCUGGUCGAAUACCACCUGAGCUUGGAGACUCAACUCAACUGCAAGGACUUGAGCUUUCUUCAAAUUUCCUGGUAGGCCAAGUUCCAAGAGAAAUGGGGAAACUUAGCUCUUUGCUAAUAUUAAAGUUGAACGAUAACCAACUUUCUGGCACCGUACCUGAGGAUGUGGGAUUGUUCUCCAAAAUCGAGCGUCUUGACCUCUCAAUGAACAAUCUAAGGGGUUCGGUUCCAAAACAACUAGGGAAAUGCACGUAUCUUCUUUACUUGAAUUUAAGCAACAAUAGAUUCAAUGGAAGCAUUCCGGUUGAAAUUGGUAAUUUGGUUUCCCUACAGAUUCUACUAGACCUUAGUGGUAACCUGUUCACAGGAGAGAUCCCUCCGCAGUUUGGAAGCUUGAACAAGCUAACAAAUUUGAAUCUCUCUCAUAACAACCUAUCGGGUUCCAUUCCAUCUACUUUCUCUGAAAUGCUCAGUUUGGUAACCAUUGAUGUAUCUUACAAUGAGUUAGAGGGUCCUCUACCGGAUAAUCGAGCCUUUCGAAAUGCUCCAAUGGAAUCCUUCAUUCACAAUAAAGGUUUCUGCGGCAAUGUCACAGGUUUGCAACCUUGCAUUUCUCCAUCAACCAAAAAGCAAACCCCAAAGCAUAGCCACAAAGUCGUGAUUCUUAUCAUAUCUAUCUUAGCAAUUUUGUUGUUUCUUCUAUUUGCAUUUUUUGGUAUCUUUUCAUUCUUUCGCCGAAGGAUGAGAUGCAUAGUAGAGGACCCAAUUGCAAACCAACAAUGAAGAGAUCUGUUUGCAAUAUGGAACUAUGAUGGGAGGAUAGCAUACCAAGAUAUCAUUGAAGCAACUGAGCAGUUUGACCCCAAAUAUUGCAUUGGCAUGGGAAGACAUGGAAGUGUUUAUAAAGCAGAGUUGUCAUCAGGUCAACUGGUAGCUGUCAAGAAGUUCACCUCUUCUUCAGAUGAAGGCGAGAUUUCUGAUCUAGAAACUUUCAAAAACGAAAUUCUUAUGAUGACAGAAGUGUGACAUCAAAACAUCGUCCAGUUGUAUGGUUUCUGUUCACACGUGAGGCACUCAUUUCUGGUUUAUGAAUAUGUGGAGAGAGGAAGUUUGGCCAAGAUCCUAAGCAUUGAUGAAGAAGCGAUAGAAUUGGAUUGGACUAAAAGGAUUAAUAUUGUUAAAGGUGUAGCCCAGGCCCUAGCUUACUUGCACCAUGACUGCUCACCCCCAAUAAUUCAUCGAGACAUUUCGAGCA